AUGGGUAAUCUAGAUGACAUAGGCCUGCAAGGCAGGUUUGGAGAUGGUCAUCUGAAAAUAAUUAAGGGUUCCUUAAUUAUCUUCAGAGGCAUAAAAAGAACUGAAACAUAUGUCACUAGGGCCAGUAACUUAAGUCACAUUGCAGAAUCCUCUAAUAUAGAAAGUGAUGCAACUCUGAAAUGGCACAAUAAAUUACCCCAUGUAAGUGAGAAAGGCCUGCAUAUCAUAAGUAAGAAAGGGGUUUUUGGUAGAGACAUCAUUUCUAAAGUUCCCUUCUGUGAAUGCUAUACCUUAGGUAAACAGCAUAGAUUGCAUUUUAAUACUGGGAAACACAGCACUUCAUCUAUUCUUGAGUACAUCCAUUCUGAUUUGUGGGGGCCCAUCAUCUAUUCCCUCUCAAGAGGGAACUAG